GUGUCACUCACACGCCGCGGUCACGUCGCUGUCGCUUGGCAGGCUGCGUUCCGCUCGGAUGUCCCUGAGGUCGGGACGGUGAGUGUUUGGUCUGAGGCGCCCCCCUCUCUCUCUCCGCGGACUCAGAGGGACAGGUGGAGGAAGAACUGCGCGCCUUCAGAUCGACAAAAAGCCGGGGAUUGAGCGCAUGCAUGAAGUGGGGGGAAAAAAGGCGUCCAAAUCUGCCCCGGAGCAACAGCUGAUCGAGUGAGCGCGGAGAGGGAAGAAGGCUACUUACGGCCCGUCUCCACCGCUUCGGGGCUCUGACGGUGGCCGGGUCGGCGCUCAUUGCGUUCCGCUGCCGGGACGGACCGGGGAGGGGAUCGGUCUUCGCGCUCAGCACUCGCGGAGUUGGAAUGUCAGAGACAUCGAGCUGAAAACCGAGCAGCACCUCCCUGGAUGAAGAAAGCCGGUUGGGAUAAGUAACGAGGAAAGUUGACCCGCCGACUCCCCCCGCAUUCUAGAAUGUUUACCGGGCAGCAGGCCGAGCAUUAGGCCCAGCAGAACAAGAACCGGGCACUUUUCUAUCUCCCACCUUUUUUUUUUCUGGAAGCUGAACUUUGGAAAGUGGAAAAUGGCUCUUUGAGAGUGUUGGCACAUUUCCGCACACCACAAUGGCAACGGAGUCCUUUCUGUUGAACGAAGAACCCUCCAGAGCUCCUGGGAUGCCUGAGUGCUAUGUAGUGUCAGAUUCAUACAGGUAUUACCCCACUCACCUUCUAAACAAUGCCUUAGUGGAUGAAUUUCACCCCUUCAUCGAGGCCCUCCUCCCCCAUGUCCGUGCCUUCUCCUACACCUGGUUCAACCUGCAGGCCCGCAAGCGCAAGUACUUCAAGAAGCACGAGAAGAGGAUGAGCAAGGACGAGGAGCGCGCCGUGAAGGACGAGCUGCUGGGCGAGAAGCCGGAGAUCAAGCAGAAGUGGGCCUCGCGCCUGCUGGCCAAGCUCCGCAAGGAUAUCAGGCCGGAGUUCCGCGAGGACUUCGUGCUCACCAUCACGGGCAAGAAGCCCCCCUGCUGCGUGCUGUCCAACCCCGACCAGAAGGGGAAGAUCCGCCGCAUCGACUGCCUGCGCCAGGCCGACAAGGUGUGGCGGCUGGACCUGGUGAUGGUCAUCCUGUUCAAGGGCAGCCCCCUGGAGAGCACGGACGGAGAGCGGCUGGUCAAGUCGCCCCAGUGCUCCAACCACGGCCUGUGCGUCCAGCCGCACCACAUCGGGGUGACGGUAAAGGAGCUGGAUCUCUACCUUGCUUACUUUGUCCACUCACCAGAACAAUCAGGACAAUCAGACAGUUCAAACCAGCAAGGAGACACAGACGUCAAACCCCCGGCAAAUGGCCACUUGAGUUUCCAGGACUGCUUUGUGACUUCAGGGGUGUGGAACGUGGCUGAGCUGGUCCGCGUGUCGCAGACUCCCGUGGCCACGGCAACAGGCCCAAACUUCUCUCUGGCAGACCUGGACAGCCCGGGGUAUUACAACAUCAACCAGGUCACCCUGGGACGCCGCUCCAUCACCUCCACCCCCUCCACCAGGACUGAAAUGGAGCUUUAUGCAAGUCUCCCACGGAGCUCCAACAAGCGCAAGUCCAUCGACGACAGCGAGAUGGAGAGCCCUGUGGACGAUGUGUUUUACUCGGGCCGCUCCCCGGCGGCUGGCAGCAGCUCUCAGUCCAGCGGCUGGCCGAACGAUGUGGACGCAGUGCAGCACCAUUUGGCCAGUGUGCAGGAGAGGAAGAUUAAGCAUGAGAGCGAUGGAGUGCAGUUUCCUUACCAUGGACUCUCGUCGCCUGGUUCUCAUAAGAAGCUGGGGAAAUUCGAUUUCAGCGCCCUGUCCUCCCAGACGAGGUCCCCCCGCAUGGCGUUCACCCACCACCCACUGCCAAUGCUGGCGGGAGUGAGACCAGGGAGCCCCCGUGCUUCAGCCUCGGCCCUGCACUUCCCGUCCCCCUCCAUCAUCCAGCAGUCUAGCCCCUACUUCACCCACCCCACCAUACGCUACCACCACCACCCUGGACAGGACCCCCUGAAGGAAUUUGUGCAGUUCGUCUGCGCCGAUGGCUCAGGGCAGGCCGCCGGACAGCCAAACGGGAGCGGCCAGAGCAAAAUGCCAGGCUCCUUCUUGCUGCCUCCACCUCCCCCAGUGGCCCGCCCAGUGCCCCUCCCUAUGCCCGACUCUAAACCCAACAGCACGCCCCCUGACGGCGGACUCUCCUCGCCCGCAUCACCGUCAUACUCCACGCCAGGCGCCACAGCUCCCAACAGGUUUGUCGGCAUCGGAUCACGGGACAACAACUUUCUGAACAUCCCGCAGCAGACACAGUCUUGGUUCCUCUGACAAAAUCUGUGCACAGACCAGCAAAUAGAAAUCUUUCUUUACUAUUCAAAAUAAGAAAAAAAAAAAAAGGAACAGAGAUACAACCAGCAGGACGACAAUAAUUGUCUUACCAACCUCUCGCCAACCCGCCGACCAGCCCUGACAGUAUGUCUCAUCUGAUAUGAAAUAUAAUCAAGCAACGCAGGAAAUUACAGUCGCAUGAUGCUUGUAGAGGAACCCUGGACACAUUCAACGCAGUCGGAGGGAGGACCUGAUUUGGGUGAGGAGGGAAAGACGAAUGGAUGGACUCGCAGGAUGCUAGAAGGAAGCCGGAGGCUAGGACAGCAGUACACAGGCCUCCCUCACGCCACCCAAGCACAGCAGCGAUGCAAGAGCAACAAAAAGGACGUGGGGGGGGCGGUUAGCUUCUCCUGCUUCGUAAGGACGCAUUGUGAGCAAAUGGCAACAAAUAAAUAAUAAUUGAACUGCCCAGCAAUUACGCAUUCAAGCUACGAAAACCUAACCCACGACGAACCCAAAAGCCAAUCAGACGGUGGGUGUCCAGUGCGGACCGCAGCCCACGCGCCUGCGACGCCAUCGUCGGCUGUAACAAAACCCGAUUGGCUCCUUUCACCCUGCCACCAAUCAGCAAGCGACCAUGCCAAACCAUAUCUUGAUUUUGAAGUUGCACUACAAGCUGAAUCAGUUAACACUAACCCUAACGAUGUGCACUAUUUACCUACAAGGCAUGGGGGGUAAACCACACUCGCCUAUAUGAUGAUUACGUUCUACGAAAGGAAGCAAACCACAAGGUACAGGAAGCCUUCACGUGUCCUCGGCCCGUCAUGGAUCGGUUCGGCCAAUCAGCGGCCUGCCCUUGCUCACAAAGUUCUCAGUCUGUGUGCCAUGACUGCAGGAUUUCUCGACUUUUAACUCAUAAUAUUUCUAUAUGUGUAUGUAAAAGCUUUCCAUUUUUAAAACGCGAUAAGCUCAGAAAACUCCCUCCACAAAUGAUGCAAUCAGUGUCGCAGACACUUUGAAAUUUUUUCAACGCUAUCGGCAGCAGCUAUGAGUUCCCCAUCUGCCCCUUUUUUGUAACGUAGAUGAACGCUCACUAAUUUUCCCUCGCGUGUUUUCUUAUUUGAAUUGACUCUUUUUUCGGAUUUGUACUAUUUUCUAAUUGUUUUUUUUUUUUUUUUUUUUUUUGUAUUUGAAUGGCAGCACCUUAAAGUUAAAGAGGAAGAAAUGACGUGUUGGGGCAAAGAACCCGGAGCGGCUGGCUAACCCCGGAGGAAAUAGUGCUUGUAACAUCUUGGGAAAUAUGCCCUCCUGCUGUUUUAGAUGUGGAGAUUGAUAUCAAACCCAUGGGAAGCUACGGUGAGCAGCUGCUUAGACAAGCGUUAAAUAAUCAAAACCGAUCCUAGUUAUUCUUCGGAUGUUUUCCACGCAAACAUUAGCAUCUCGCAAAAGACCUAACUAAAGGCGGCAAACACUUUUAGCAUGAGACGAAUUUACAGAUUUGCAUCGCUUUCUGGAACGAUUGGGCACAUAAACUAUAUGUAAGAGACGCGUUAAACUCCUCCACUGUCACUUUGAAUUUAUGAGCAUUUAGCUGUUUCCAACUUGGAAUUUUUGCAGCCAGAGGUGACGACGUUGGACAAAAUUAUGAAAAUGGAGAAUAAGUUUAAAGCUAGACUGGACAAAAGCAUGAGCUUUUUCUUAUUAUUAUUUUUUUUAAAUAUCUGGAAAAUGAUGACAAUCACUCGCUAGAGAAAAAAGGGAAUCCAACUGUAAAUAUGUUGGAGCUACUAUUUGUGAGAACUUGACUCAUUAGAGAUCGCUUGAAACACGAACCUAGAGUCUACAGGUAUUAUUGCACUUUAAUUCACUCAGCAUUUACUUGACAUUUUUUAAGCUGAAGACUGAUUUUUAUAGUCCAUUUCCACGUGGAGGUCAGAAUUGAAAGGUUCCAAGUGGGGAAAAAGAACCGGGUCCUCCCAAACCCCAAUCUAGAAGUCCAACAUGGCUGACAUGCAUAUUAAAUGUGAUUGUUGCAGUCACAAUCUGCACUUCCAAUGAUUUGUAUAACCUGUUAAUGGAAAUUUUACUAGUGUCUGGACGUUCAAAAAGGUAAAAACAAAAAAACAUUGCAGUUAGCCUCACAGUGGAGCACGAUCCCUAACAUUUAUAACACCAUUGAUGGUUCAAGAGCAGCUAAUAUCUUAAUUGAUAGUUAAUAGAUGGUAACCUUCCUGGAACCUCCAUGUAACAUAAACCCGCCUCUAGCUAGCCUAAAACUGAAGCUAGCCGCUAGUCCAGGCCUUAGCAGCCUUUUCAAUCCUAAAAGAAAUGUGUGCCCUCGCUUCUACAAAAUAAUUUCUACUUGGUCACUGAACAACUUUUUUUUGCUAUUUAUCAAAAAACUGUUUAUUCAAUUCAUUCAAAAUGAAUGUUAUUUGGAUUUUUGACCAACUAAAUUUAAGCUUUAGCAAUAAGGGGGCACUUGCAGAAUGAGGCCAGUUAAAUGACUUCUAUAUGUGUGGAAAAUUAAGAAAUUUUAGUGAAUAUCUUAAAGUGCUAAGGCAAGGAAAAGGACCUUGUACCAUUACUGUGAUCCAGAUACUCCAUAAAAACAUUCGAGAGAACUGCAUAACUCUUUGCUAAUGACUUUAUAAUUAAAAACAUUUCUCAUUUGUUUCAUCAUUUAAAAAUGGCAUAGAGCCCACUUCUACCUCCCUAAAACGGGCCCAGUCUCAGAGAGCUGAUGGAGUUUUACUGCAAAGGGAGGUAGAAGGGUUAGGGUGCCUGCCCUUUCUGUCAGGUAGACCUGACUAGAAAUACUGUUCUCAGCGUUAAACACAGGCUGAUCAUUGGCGGCAGGCAAAUAAACACCAGAUUCUGUGGAAAGACCACCUGAUGGAAAUGUGCAGAUACUUCAAAGGUUCAUAGAACGCCUUUCUGCAUAAACCACUAAGACAUCUCUGAGAUCGGAACUGUAUUAGGACGGUGGAAGCUCGUACUAGAAACGUAGUUUUAAGUUGGAUUUGAGUUUAUUUUGCGAUGUGACUUUUAAGGUAAAAGGAAGACACUUAAAUUCCACUGCUUGUGAAUGUUUACAACAAUUGGGUUUCAACAGAGUCAGGUUAGGGUCAGGUGUCUACAGCCUUCUAAACCUAACGUGAUCUAAUAGCUGCCAACUGUAGCUUCCUGUUAAUGUUAUCACUUUCUCCUCCAGCAAUCAAAGAAGCAUAUUGUCCCAAGUGUACUUGUUUUAUUGACAUGAUUUAAUUGUUCUACUACCAGAAGGCCCUUUACUGUAGAAAAAAAUAAUAAUAACCAAGUGGGGUUUUGACAAUCACAGGAUUUUUGUUUUGUUCUGCAGACAGACAAGCUGAACCAACUAAAUUAACAACAAAAAAAAACAAAUGCACCUAUUUCAAGGUCUAGGUCUCGUUGGGUAUAUCUAAAAGAAUAAAAAAAAAACUGAGAAGGAAAGGUAGACCCUUUUAUUUUUUUUCCUCCACUCCCUGUAAGUUUAUCCCGUUGUUUACACUCCCAGACAGGCUGCUGCUCCAAGAGCUGAGGGGCCCACACUGCGGAGCAAAAUCAAUAUGUCCCAUUUCUGGCUGUGUUUUUAACCAAGGCCUACGAGGUCAAGAGUCCAACGUGCGUGCCAGUUUGUCUGUCAACGCCCGUGACAAGAGCUGAACUUCAUAGUUGUCACGGCUGCACCCCAGCACACACCAGCAUCCCCCCCCCCCCAGCCAUUGUAAAUGGAAGAGCCCUCAUAGAUCAAAUAACUGCACUGAUACAAUCAUGCCAGCCAAUCUUAUAAGUCUCUUUUUUUUAUAUAUAAACAUGACAGUUGAUUGAUCACUACUUAGUGUUGCAGAUCAGCUGACACACUCAUUUUUACCCAUUUUCGAUCAGAUUCAUGACAACCGCUCAGUAUUAAAGCCACCCCCACCCCCUCCUCCCUGUACAAGACAGAUUUCAAAGGGAAGUCUUAAAUCCAGACAAUCUGUGGAGGCCUUUUACGCUUUCAGUCAUGUUUUAUACAGAUAAGCCCGCGCACGUUCUCCCGUCAGUUAGAAGUCAAGUCCAACCACCCAUCCAACCUCACAAAAUAACUGGACUGCCUGGCCGUGUUCCUUCGCUGCAGGGAAACCAGCCGUAGUCGGCCGACUGACCGGCGACCAUCUCAUCCGCUUCGUAGAGAGGACUAGCUCGGCUGAAACAAGGCGUUAGGCUGAUUUCUUUUUUCGAAUCAAAGGAAGUGCCUCUGUAUUCCCAUUAUGCAAUUUGUCAAACAUGAAUUCAGGUUGUUUUUUCUCACAUAUAAGCUAUAGUGAAUGGUAAAAAAAAAAAAAAAAAAGACGUGUCAGGAGGGGAAUGGAGAAAAAAAACAAUGACAGCUCACUAGAUAAUCUCAAGCAUCUUUAUAUAUAUAAUACACUUUUAUAUAUAUUUAUAGAUAUAUACUUUUUUUUUUUUUUUAGUUUGCAAGAUAAGCUCUCUGUGGCAGUCUAGUUAUUUUUUGAAGCAUGGCAUACAUCGCACAGUCAUAGGAUGCAUCUGGAAGUGGCGAACCGGAGCUCGAGUACCAGUGUCUAAGCCCACGGCCGUUCGAAAGGAAAAAGGAAAUCCAGCGCAAACCCAUCAGUAGAGACGUAGACAAAAGUAUCGCUUACAGUAGAUAAGGAUUCCAAAUUAAAAGAGCAGAUUUGUUUUUCUUUAUUGUUUCGAUGGGAAGUAUUGUUCUUGAAACUAAAUGAUGUAUGUUGAUUGAGCCAUGUGCAAUGCCUUGGUAGAGGAGUUGUGUUUGUUAGAGAUUGUUUGAGGGUGUCAUGCAAAAAAAAGAAAAAAAAAGGAGGGAAACCCUCUUAAGAUCUUUUUUUUUUUUUCUGUUUGUUCGUUUGUUUUUCAAGUCCGCGUGCUCUGGGACUCUAAAUACACGGGCGGUGAGAUAAAAAAAAAAAAACGUAAAAAAAAAAAAAGUUUGGGGGACUAUUUGAAUUAUUAUUUUUUUUUGUUUCCUUUUAUCACUUUUUCAAGAAAAGAAAUUCGUUUUUAUUGACUUGUUUUCGAAAAUGCGGGAGUUAAAGGAACCAUUUCGCAGCUCAUGAAAUAUAUAUCAUUAUGAAAACUGGUGCUUUCGUAAAGAAUAAAGUACAUUCAGUCUCUAUUAUACAUAAAUAAUAAUAAGCAAAAUUAAGUGUUAUCAUAAAAACUAAUUUUUAGGAAAAACAUGCAUUACUCUAUUUCUUUGUUUGUAUUUAGCGGGGAGAGGGAAGGGGGUGUUCGUUGUACGAAAAAGGGGGUUGUAACAAAAGGCAUUUUUCCUCUCCCAAACCCUUGCAACACGGCAGAAAGAGAAAAAAAACACACACACACACACACACAUCUUCUUGUAAAAACCUUGUAAAAAUUGUCCUUUGUUUCCUGCGAACUCUAUCCUACCUACCAGUGAUCCUAACGUGGGACAAAGACAAGAUCUUCCCAGAUUCUGGGAGAUGCACAAGUCUGGAUUCCUGUUCCUGAACGACAACAAAAAAAAAAGAAAAGAAAAAAAGACAAACAUGCUGUAAAUGAUGAUGUCUGACAGGAUGUUUUUCCUUUGUGGCUCGGUUCGAGGGUCGCAACAACGCGAACCCUGUCUCCCCCCCCCCCCCCUCCCACCCAUGAAAGCCCCAAUCCCCUGAACACCCACCAGCUGUAAAUGAUGAUAAAUAUUUGUUUGGUGACGUAGUGUUCUAGACUCAGAGCAUCUUUAAAGGUUGUCCCUAAAAAGUGCCUUUUGUUCACAGAUUCCAUCUUGUAUUCCUGAGUGCCCAUCUCAACAGAAAAUAAGUCCCCUCCCUCAUAUUUCUAUAUCUUUCUCUUCUUCUUCUUCUUCUUCUUGAAGCUUUUUCAAGCUGUAUACAUAGUACUAAAGGAAAUUGGUGUGAUUUAGUUGCUCUUUUUAUUGUUCAAUACUUUAGAAAAUCUGGGGGUAAAAAAAAAAAAAGUUUGAAAAGGACAAAAAAAAAAAGAUCUUCUCCGUCUUGCUUCUCUUCCUCUGUAUCUUGUCGUCUGUUUAUCUUGGACACUGGAGUAGUCUGUAGCUGCGUAUCCUUCUCUCUCUCCUCCCCUUGCUUUCCUCCCUAUUCUCUCUACAGCGGGGUUUAAAAAAAAAAAAAAGGAAAAAAAUGUUUUAAAAAAAACAACAAACAAAACGAACAAAAAAAAAAAAGAAUACGCAAAGAUUUUUUUUGUUUUUUUGUCUGAGCGGAAUGCAAUUAGCUCACAUGUUAUCCUUGUCUGUACGCUUCACAUUGUAUUACCAUACCCAUCUUCUCCAGCUUCUCCAUUCAACAGCUAAUGUAAGUGAACAAGUUGCACCACGAGGCUCUGGGCGGGGCGGAGGGCACGGCGGGAUGGAGGGAGGGGGGGGGGGGGGUCAUUUCAAAUCAAUCAGGGUGCGGGGAUAAGAAGUCACCUUUGUGAUAGCCGGGAGGCCCGCUAGUAUAGAUAGAUGUUACUAAUCCGUUACUCAGAAUGUCCUCGUGUCUCUGUUGCUGCAUAUCUUGGGCAAAUGGAGGGAUGACACCUGAUGUAUUGACAGAAAAAAGGGGACGCUUAGCAGCUCGGCGUGGUCGGGGCUCACAUUUAGCCCAAUUAGCACAGUUGUCACACCUCGCUGUGCAAUACUCUGACUUGUCAGCAUGAAGUGUCCUGGUUUCCAAAAGCUGUCGCUCGGGCUGCUGGGAUGGGAUGCGGAGGCGGCCGUCGGUCAGUUCUGCCCGCCGCUCACAAAAAAAAAAAAAGACAUAUUUAUGCAAAUUAUCUCAAUAGCUUUUUGGAUUUUUGCAAUCAGGCUAAUAAACAAUCGAUAAGAAGCCAUUUCAUAGACACACAGGUGGCAGAGAGCGCUGCGUGCGUCUCUUCUAAAGCAUCGGCACCAGCCCUAACCGUCCGCUGUUUCUGUCUUUAUUAUUUUACACAUCUUCUUUCCAACACGUUUUGGAGGACUCCAUGACUAGCUAUUUAGUGACUGAGCCCCCCCCCCCACAGCAAAUAAAAGCCUGCCUGGUUAUCCUUUGACUUCUUACCCAGUUCCAUGCCAGGGCGGCCCUCCCUUCCUCCAGCAUCUCCACGGAGCAGCAUCCCGUCCUCACUGGUCCCCUCCCAGAGCCCGUGGUGAAAUGCAUGUGUUAAUUACAGUUUCUUUUCCAUAAUAAUAAUAAAACGCAGUUUGUAAAGAGCAAUGCCUUUACCUGAUUGAAUAAAAGGAUGUUCUUGACUGUA